AUGAAUGGUUCAAAAGGGGUUCCAGGUUUGAAACAUGGGACGAAAGAUGAAAAAGGCCAGUACAAGUAUGAUACUGAGCAUGUUCUCGAGUGGAACACAAUAGCUCAAUUUUUCGACAUAUUCCUUGAUGCGAAGUUUGCGAAGGACAAGGUCCCAAACGCCGAUCCCAAAAAAGACAUUGUAGGCGCCCAUGGGGUCAAAAGUCGAGGAAAAGAAAAGUUCUGCACCGCCUGGGAAACCACCUGGGGAAAUUGGCCCACAGACCAGAGCUUUAAACUUGAGAAGGAUGGACCUUCCCGAAACCCACUCGAGCACAUUGCGGAUGUAUACCCAUCUGCUGAUCCAAAAUUCAAACGCGAAGAGUUUACUGGACCGCAAAAGUCCCUUAAUCAACUUAAGCUGAGGUUCUUCAAGUGGAAUGGUAAGCCUGACGAUUUUAAAGAUGACUGGGUGCCUGUCCCAAGUCAAUUAUAUAACGAGAAGAUGCUCGCAGCCGGAAUUCCCGAGAAGGGCAGUUUAGGGCACUAUGUUCUGAAUGACCCUGGAGCUGCACUCCUCCGAUUGCGUAACGUUGUAGGAGUUCGAAUGUACCUCAACGACAAGAAAGUUCGCAAAGCUAUGAGGGACGUCAAUAUCCGCUUACAAGACCGAUUUGACGAAAUCGAAAGAGCAUUGGCUGAUCCAAAGAAUGCACGAAGCAUUGCGUCCGGCGGUUCUUCACGUACGGGCGCGCAGCAGACAGCACGCACUCUUCAUCCUUGGAAGAUACUAAACUUGGGCGCUUUGUGGGAUGAGUACAUGAACGAGAAGUGGGAGAUGGCUGGUCGUCACGAGCAGUUCGUCACCAAAUGGGAGGGUGAACUUCGCAAGAAAUACUGCUUGGCGAAGUAUCGCAAAGACACCAAGGUUGGAAGAAAAGACUCAGAAAAAGAGCAGCAUCGGAAGCAGGUGACGACAGAUCUGUUUCGAAAACUCCAGAAGUUCACCGUAGCCAGGAAAAACGCCAUGUCGAUGAAAUUUUCGGCGCCAUGGAAGGCGGGCGGACGCACACAAAGACCCAAGAAUGAUGCUAAAUUCAAGGAUUCGAAGACACCUAAAAGGCCAAAGAGCAACAAGAGCAACCCAGAGGAUAGUGUGUAA